CUUGGAACCCGGCUGUCGGCUCGUCCUGCUCCGAUCUGGACUUGGGCUACUAUGUCUGUGUCGACACCAUCGGCUACACAGUGCCGACUACGACAACCUCGGCAGGUAAUGGCAUCACCACGCCCACGCCCUAUGAGCCGGGAAUGGUGAGUGACUGCACUACUUUCUAUUUUGUCCGUUCGGGUGACACGUGCGUGAGUAUUGCUAGUAGUCAAGGCGUAACAGUUGGAGAACUCGAACAGUGGAACCCUAAAGUCGGGUCUGGAUGCACGGGGCUAUGGUUGAACGAUUACAUUUGCGUUGGUGUCUGAAAGGAGAAACAUGAAAUAAUAUGUUCCCUGAGGACAGUGAUUGUAGUAUUUAGGAGAAGCUUGAUGGAAGGCAGGCAAGGGCAGAAGCUUGGAGGGUAGCAGAGAAUGUAUUAGAAAUGUCUGAGACCUCUCAGUCAAAUUGGC